GUAAGUUUAUAAUUAUCGAACUACUUUCACCAAAAUAAGUGAAACAUUCGUUUGGAUUGUUAAUGUCUUAACCCGCAAUCAUGACACUUGGUGAGGUACGAGUCGAGAAUAAAAUUAAAUCAACUAGUGAAAAUUGUGCCCAAACAAUGAGUAUAAAUAACGGGAUGACCUCAGACAAAAGUAAUGGAAAUAUAAAACAGAACGACGCAACGAUAGCAUUUCUUCGUGCUGCCCGUAGCGGGGACAUUAAAAAAGUGGUCGACUUUAUUGAAAAUGGUGAGAUAUCGGACAUAAACAGUUGCAAUGCGAACGGUCUCAACGCACUUCACCUAGCUGCGAAAGACGGAUUUGUGGAUAUUUGCUGUGAAUUGCUAAGGAGAGGUAUCAAGGUGGAUAAUGCCACCAAAAAAGGAAACACUGCCUUGCACAUUGCUUCUUUGGCAGGCCAGCAAGAUGUUAUCAAUCAACUUAUUUUAGCUAAUGCCAAUGUAAACGUUCAGUCUCUUAAUGGUUUCACGCCUCUCUAUAUGGCAGCACAAGAAAACCACGAUAACUGUUGUCGGAUCCUACUGGCCAAUGGAGCAAACCCGUCAUUAUCUACGGAAGAUGGAUUUACCCCACUUGCAGUAGCAAUGCAGCAGGGGCACGACAAAAUAGUUUCUGUCCUGCUUGAAAACGAUGUACGCGGAAAAGUUCGCCUUCCAGCACUUCAUAUUGCAGCAAAGAAAAAUGAUGUUAAUGCAGCCAAACUAUUACUUCAGCACGACCACAAUGCUGAUAUUGUUUCGAAAUCUGGUUUUACUCCAUUGCAUAUAGCAGCUCAUUAUGGAAACGUGGACAUCGCCACUUUGUUGUUAAAUAACAAGGCAAAUGUUAACUUUGUGGCAAAACAUAACAUCUCCCCUCUACACGUGGCAUGUAAAUGGGGAAAAUUAUCAGUAUGUAAUUUGUUACUAUCUCGAGGAGCAAGAAUAGAUGCGGCGACUCGGGAUGGUCUGACACCACUUCACUGCGCAUCUCGUUCGGGCCAUGUUGGGGUGAUUGAGUAUUUGUUGCAUCAAAACGCUCCCAUAUUGACAAAGACUAAAAAUGGUCUUUCUGCGCUCCAUAUGUCAGCACAGGGAGAGCACGAUGAAGCUGCGCGACUACUAUUGGAAAACAAAGCUCCAGUUGACGAAGUAACCGUCGAUUACUUGACAGCUCUUCAUGUGGCUGCUCACUGUGGCCAUGUCAAAGUAGCUAAACUUUUGCUUGACUACAAUGCAAAUCCAAAUGCUCGUGCGCUUAAUGGGUUCACUCCUCUGCAUAUUGCCUGUAAGAAAAAUCGUAUUAAGAUAGUUGAACUACUUAUUAAACAUGGAGCCAACAUCGGCGCGACCACGGAAUCGGGUCUGACGCCUUUACAUGUUGCCAGUUUUAUGGGAUGUAUGAAUAUUGUAGUAUAUUUACUACAACAUGACGCCAGCCCGGACAUACCAACAAUACGCGGGGAAACACCACUUCAUUUGGCAGCUCGUGCAAAUCAGACGGAUAUUAUUCGAAUUUUGCUCCGCACCGGAAAAGUGGAUGCUAUCGCACGUGAAGGCCAAACGCCCCUACAUGUAGCUUCUCGAUUGGGAAAUAUUAAUAUAAUCAUGUUAAUACUGCAGCAUGGAGCGGAUAUUAACGCUAAAACUAAAGACAAUUACACGGCGCUGCACAUUGCUGCAAAAGAAGGACAAGAGGAUGUAGUCCAAAUUUUAUUGGAAAACGGUGCGAAACUAGACGCUGUAACAAAGAAGGGAUUUACCGCAUUGCAUUUGGCUAGCAAAUACGGCAAGCAGAAAAUUGUAACUUUGUUAUUAGAAAAAGGAGCUUCUGUCGAUUUUCAGGGAAAAAAUGAUGUCUCCUCAUUACACGUGGCCACGCAUUACGAUCAUCAGCCAGUGGUAGAGGUUCUUUUGAAAAACGGUGCUUUGCCAAAUUUGUGUGCGCGGAAUGGGCAAAGUGCCAUCCACAUAGCUGCCAAGAAGAAUAAUUUUGAAAUUGCGCAGCAGUUGCUUCAACACGGUGCAGAUGUGCGGGCUAUAAGCAAGAGCGGCUUCUCUCCGUUGCAUUUGGCGGCCCAAGAGGGGCACGUCGAUAUGGUGCAACUACUCCUAGAAUAUGGGGCUUUAAACACCGGUGCUAAAAACGGCUUGACACCAUUACAUUCGGCUGCACAGGAGGGCCACGUUCUCGUAUCCCAGAUAUUGUUGAAACAUGGUGCUAAGAUUUCAGAACGCACUAAAAAUGGUUAUUCUCCUUUACAUAUUGCUGCCCAUAAUGGUCACCUUGAUCUAGUUAAAUUUUUCCUUGAAAACGAUGCUGACAUUGAAAUGUCUACCAACAUUGGCUAUACACCGCUUCAUCAAGCUGCUCAACAAGGCCACAUAAUGAUAAUAAACUUGCUAUUACGACACAAAGCAAAUCCCAACGCUUUAACAAGUAACGGGAAGACUGCUCUGAACAUUGCUAGUAGCCUGGGCUAUAUAACUGUAAUGGAAACACUUAAGAUUGUUACUUCAACAUCCGUUGUUAAUACCAAUACUGGUGUGCUUGAAGAAAAAUGCAUGAUAAUGACUCCAGAGGUCAUGCACGAAACGUUACUUUCCGACUCCGAUGACGAAACUGGUGAUGACCUUUUGGACCACAAUAACUACAAAUAUAUGGUAACAGACGAUUUAAAGGGCAAUUAUAGUCAAGAUCACCAUAACUUCGAUACCACAAAUCCUGAACAUGAUCUCGCGGAAGUGUCGGCUCCUCUAAUUUUUGAAAAAGGAAUGCUACACAACGACUCAAAAAGCACUAAUGGAUCUGAAAUGGAACGAAAACCCGAUAAUGUUCCUAUUAUCCGACCUCAAGUUCAUUUGGGUUUUCUGGUAUCGUUUUUGGUUGAUGCACGUGGUGGAUCUAUGCGCGGAUAUCGUCACAGCGGUGUCCGUAUAAUUGUUCCUCCGAAGGCGUGCGCUGAACCCACACGUAUAACUUGUCGAUAUGUUAAACCCCAACGGAUAGCAAACCCUCCUCCUUUAAUGGAGGGCGAGGCACUUGUAAGUCGUAUUUUAGAACUGUCACCUGUUGAAGGAAUGUUUUUAAGCCCAAUAACAUUAGAAGUUCCUCACUUUGGAACCCUUAGAGAGAACGAACGAGAAAUUAUUAUAUUGCGGUCCGACAACGGAGAAAGCUGGCGCGAGCACAACUCUCAUGAGAGUGAAGAACUUAUGGGAACAUUUGGAGACGAUGUUAAUCGGAUAGAAGCGUUAAAUACGGACCGCAUCGUUCGCAUCAUUACGCAAAAUGUUCCGCACUUUUUCGCCGUUGUUUCACGUGUGCGUCAGGAGGUGCACGCCAUUGGACCUGAUGGUGGUACUGUUUUCUCGACGGCAGUACCGCAGGUUCAAGCUAUAUUUCCACCCCAUGCGUUGACCAAGAAAAUUCGAGUCGGUCUUCAGGCACAGCCAGUAGACCUGGUUGGAUGUUCUAAGCUGCUUGGCCAAGGCGUUGCUGUCUCACCAAUAGUCACUGUGGAGCCGCGACGACGAAAAUUCCAUAAGGCUAUUACACUUAGUAUUCCUGCUCCAAAAGCUUGUACCAAUAGUAUGGUUAAUGCUUGCUAUGGCAACGGAAAUUCGAAUUCACCUACUCUGAGACUAUUGUGUUCCAUUACUGGUGGUCAAACGCGCGCCACUUGGGAGGAUGUUACGGGAUCAACUCCGCUGUCAUUUGUAAAAGAUAGUAUAACAUUCACCACUACUGUUUCUGCCCGUUUUUGGUUAAUGGAUUGCCGCAACAUUGUAGACGCAGGACGAAUGGCCACAGAGCUCUACAGUCAUUUGGCCAAAGUUCCUUUUCUUGUUAAGUUUGUAAUAUUUGCAAAACGAAUCUCCCAAACGGAAGCAAAGUUUUCAGUGUUUUGCAUGACUGACGAUAAAGAGGAUAAGACACUUGAACAGCAAGAAUAUUUUACAGAAGUUGCAAAGAGCAGGGAUAUCGAAGUAUUGCAGGAUCAAACAAUUUACUUAGAGUUCGGAGGUAACCUUUUCCCAGUUUUAAAGACAGGCGAGCAGUUAAAUAUAAAGUUCCAAGCAUUUUGCGAAAAUCGACUUUCGUUUAUUGCUCAUAUAAAAGAUCCGGAAUUUCCACAAGGUUGUAUAUGUUUUAUGACCGAUCCUAAGGCAGGUCCAAAUGAAGUCCCACUUAAUCCGCUUUGUACCUUAAAUGUAUCAGUAUAUAUGAACACUGUUGCAAAGCAUAUUGAAAGCGAUAAGUCGGACAAUUCAAAUCAUGGUAUUAAUGUGCGUACUGAAAUAAAUGAAAAUUAUAUGAUUGAUUCAGAAUUAAAAGCUAACACAGCAGAUGCAGCGACUUCAGAAGAAAUGGUCAAAAAAAGUGAUGUAAUAGAAGAUGAUAAAAGGUCAAGCAAUAUUGAAUUAAUUCAAAGUGCAGAUAUAACUAUAUCGGAUAUAUCUAGCAAUAUAGGUAGUGACUGGCCUCAGCUAGCGAUUGAAUUGGGUGUUCCCGAGACCGAUAUCGAGCUUGUCAAAGCAGAGUACUGUAGUGGCGACAGCGUACAGCAGAGCAUGGUAAUGUUGCAGCUAUGGCUAGAAAAUGGGGGCAUUUCCACAGGAAAUGUAUUAGCUUUAGCCCUUUACAAAAUCGGGCGUGCGGACAUAGUGGAAAAGUGCAUUCAAAACAUUGAGUUUGUCACUGAUAAAUUGGAGCAAGAUACGUCCACAAUCAAACAAAAAAAAAUUGUGGUUUGUGAAAAGCUAUUAACGACGCCUGUAGAACCAUAUGCUCUUCAACAAAAAUAUGAAAUGGAAACUGAGAAAUAUAACCCUGAAUUAAGUAAUAAUGAAAAAACUCUAAACACAGCACCGUCAGAAAAAUGUAUUUCAACAAAUCCAGAUAUUUGAUGUCAAAAAACGGCAGUACUCACCGAACAACGUUACCCAUAGUGUCAAUUAUUUUUAAACAAACAAAACAAAUUUAUUUGAUUUUUAUUUUGACCGUAACGAGCAAUAUUUUUGUCAUUACUAAUUUUUGCAAUUUAUAUUGGAAACAUAUUAACUGACUUAACAUUUUUGUUAGAUGUUAAAACUACGUACUAAUACAAUAAAUUGUUAAACCAAUUUUUUAUUUUAAACUUAAUUUUUAGUAGGAAUAAUUUUGAAAAAACACAGCUGUUUGUCCUAAAUAAAGGUGACAAUUUUUCAA